AUGACUCUUGAAUCCACUCCAAUCCACCGUGUGUGUACUCCCUCGCCACACCCCAAGCCAGACUGUACUCCCUCGCCACACCCACAGGCCACACUAUACCCCAAGCCACGCCCACAGGCCACACUAUACCCCAAGCCACGCCUCCAGACUUGCCCUGGGAUGGACACACAAAUCACCGACAGGGCACCACAAAUCACCGACAGGACACCACAAAUCACCGACAGGACACCACAAAUCACCGACAGGACACCACAAAUCACCGACAGGAUACCACAAAUCACCGACAGGAUACCACAAAUCACCGACAGGACACCACAAACACAAAAACGUUAUUACAACAUUCUUCCAGGAUUCCUAAAGGGUCUGGAAUGGGUGCCAGGAAUGCCAGAGUUGUGCCAGACAGGUAACUUUCCUUUGAGGUUCCAGGUAGUGUACAGAUACCAAAGCCCAAAAUCUUCUCCAAAGUCUGCACAAACCCUGAAAUCUUCUCCAAAGUUCACAAACCCUGAAUUUCCAAAGUUCCACCAAACCCUGAAAUCUUCUCCAAAAGUCUGCACCAACCCUGAAAUCUUUCACAAACUGAAUUCUCCAAAGUCUCCACCAAACCCUGAAAUCUUCUCCAAAAGUCUCCACCAAACCAUGAAAUCUUCUCCAAAAGUUCCACCAAACCCUGAAAUCUUCUCCAAAAGUCUCCACCAAACCCUGAAAUCUUCUCCAAAGUUCCACCAAACCCCUGAAAUCUUCCAGUCUCCAUCAAACCCUGAAAUCUUUCUCCAAAGUUCCACCAAACCCUGA